UCUUGUUCUUUUUCCAUCAUCGCUGCAGGUUUCGUGUCGCUUACGACGAUAGCUUUAAACAGCUAGACAUUGCACUUUUCCUUUUCAUUUCUUGUCGAGCACAAUCGUUUGUUUUUAUCACAAGCUUAGUUUCAUCCUCCAUGACUCGCGAUACAUUUGCCAUCAAGGUUGAAAAUAUUCCCGAAAAUGUCAAGUUGAAGGACGUAGAAUCCGUUUUUAGUAGCGCCGUUGGUCCUGUUCAGCGUGCGGAGAUUCAUCGUGAUGGAACGACCACGCCGUACUGCGUGCUAUGUUUUCUCACAUACGAUGCCUUUAAGCAAGACUUGAAAGCUCUGCGUCUGUCUGGUUACAACAUCGGUGGAUCCUCUAUCAUCGUGACACCCGCCACCGAUAACAAAACGUCGUCUCCAAGCACUGGCAAGAAUUCAGAUGCGCGUCGAAAUCUCUAUGUCCUCGGUCUACCCUUUGAUCUCACCAAGCCUGAAUUCUCCGUUUUGUUUUCGCGUUUCGGCACUGUCAUGCACGCCGUGAUUCUUGCUACUGUCGAUAACGCAUCUCGCCGUCGCGGGUUCGUGGUAAUGUCAUCCCACGAGGAAGCCAAACGUGCGAUGAAUGCGCUCUCACGAACACAAAUGAAAGGACACACCCUUGAUGUAUCUUGGGCCGUCGUGCAACGCUCUCAAGGCUUCUUAGAUGGUGCAGACAGAACGAUGAUGCUGGCAUCCUCGAAUCCUUCGUCACUUCCGGAAAUGGAAUUCGAUCACCAAUCCGCACCUUCGACCAUCAGUACACCUCAAUACGCCAGCAAACAAUGGAAUAUCUCAUUGGCACCUUCCUCGAAGCUGCUGGUAUCGAACUUGCCGACCCUUCUCUUUGCUCAGGCCAGUGACUUGCAUCCUCUGUUUUAUCCUUUCGGUCCCAUUAAGGAGGUGAAGCUCAUGGAUUCUGCUACGCUCGGCAAUGGAACUACGAGCGCUCUAGUCGAAUACGUGAAUAUCUUCAAUGCUCAGGAAGCCAAGGACGCACUUCAGCGACAAUUCUAUGGAACCUCACGCCUGGAAGUCCGAUUCAUCCAAGACAAUAUCCAUCCGGCUGACUCUGCUUCUGCUGCGUAUGCCCAGUCUCCCAUGCUACCGAAAACAUCUGAUGCCGGACUUAAUCCCUGUGCUGCUCCUUUUGUCUUUGGAUCUCGCCACUCAUUGCCCUUGGCCUCCGGUCUUAGCUGCAUUGCGCACGAUUCGUUUGUCAACGACUUCUGCUCUCCACUCGGUCUUUCCAGCGAUACCUUUCAAGUUGCCUCAUUUGCGCCCCACCCUAUAACAUAUCAUCUCAGGACCCAUGCUGCCGAUACAAUUUCUAGAUCCAGCUCAGCAACGAGUUCGAGCUGGAGUAACGAUAUUCGCCCAUACAGGCCUUCUCGUGCACCGUUCUCUUCUUUCACACGCGCGAACACACCCGCACAAUUCACACCACUCUUCUAUGCUUGAUCGAUCCACUUCCCCUGUGGAAUGGACUCUAUAUCGCUUAUUCGUGCUCUUCGUAAUUCUAAUGCUUCGCUACCUUCAGAAAUGGACUCGUUGGACCUCCCGGCAAAUACAUGGCAUCCGUGCAUUAGUCUUUAUGCUAUAGAUUCUUGUUUUAAUCUUAGAAUCCCGUUCGAACAUUCCAUCUUUGUGUCGAUAAUAAUUAGUAGUUUUCCGUCUUCCUGUAGUCGCUGUUUUGUUCGCCCUGUAGGGGCUGUAAUCAUGGGUUUUGUGUACGAAGUGCCAGUGUGGAG